GGAGUUUCUGCAGGAAAGUGUGUGUGUGUGUACAGGGAUUUAUUUAUUUUAUACAGACAGAGAGAUGAUGAAUUAUUAUACAGUGUGAAUAGAGAUUGUAUUCCACUCCUGAGAAGUGUGUGUGACUCUGAGACAGGUAUUUAGAGAGACUAGUAAUAAUAAUAACAAUAACAGAGCAGAGCAGCGCGAUGUCUCCGGGUGAUGAUCCUCACCUCCUCCUGGGCAGAAUCCGCUUCCUCAACCGCUGUAUUGAGUGUUUCAGGAGGACUGAGCCUGUACCGGAGAGUCUGUGCUUCGUGCCCAAGGAGGUGUGCUAUAAAAUCUGCAGAGACUCUUCCUCCGGCUCGGCGUCAUCCUCUUCCUCCGCCUCCGCCUCAGCCGCUGCGACCGGCGGCAUCGUGUUCAUCCCGGCGUGGGAAAGUCCACAUCAGGCUCCGAACAAGAAAUCCUGCAAGUUCACCAUCGAGCCAAAGAAAGGGUCAUGUAUCAGGACCUCCGGGGAGGAGUACUACAACAGCCACGGCCUGUGGGUCAAAAUCACCAAGGAGCAGAUGGAACAGUACCGCAAUGCUGUGGAUCUGGACGAGGGCUGGAUCCUGGCCUGUAAACACAGUGAGGGAGGAACACGACUGGUUCCUGUAGAACAUCCCGACUCCAUCAGCAGGCAGCAGCAGCUCUUUGGCAUCGACCAUAAGCCCUGUAACAGGUGGGAGGAUGUGGUAGAUGCAGAAAACUGUUUCCACCUCGGAGCUCGACCCAAAAUCGCAGAGAGAGACGAAGCUGCAGUGCAGAAACUCAGGUAUAUUCCUCCUACAUGGACAUUUCAGUGUGAUGAGGAUUUGGUUCAUUAUUUUUAUGAUCAUGUUGGGAAAGAGGACGAGAACCUGGGCAGCGUGAAACAGUGCGUGAACAACAUCGACGUCUCCUCCUGCUCGAAGGACCCGAGUGGAGGUGCUGCGUGUCUGACUGAUGGAGACACAGAGACGUACUGGGAGAGUGACGGCAUGCAGGGACAACACUGGAUACGCUUACACAUGAAGAGAGGAACUGUAGUCAGUAAGCUGAUGCUGAGAGUUGACUCAACAGACGAUACAUACAUGCCAAAGCGUGUGACCGUGUAUGGAGGAGAAGGAGACAACCUGAAGAAAUACAGUGACAUUGCCAUAGAAGAUAAUCUGAUCGGUGAGGUUUGUGUGUUAGAGGACAUGAGCACACACUUACCCAUCAUUGAGAUCCGAAUUGAGGAGUGUAGAGAUGGUGGGAUUGAUGUGAGGAUCAGAGGGCUGAAGAUUAAAUCCUCCUGUGAAAGAGAUCUGGGUCUGAACGCUGACGUGUUCAAAUCACCAAAUCUAGUGCGCUUCCCUCGCCUGGAGGGCACCCCGCCUGACGUCCUGUACCGCCGCACACUGCUGAUCCUGAGGUUUAUUACUGUCCUGGACAGUCUGCUUCCUCACCUGGUACCUGCCUGGGACUACAGCCUUGGCACCUUCAACCAGAUUAAAAAUAUAAAGCAGUUCCUGUUGCUGUCGAAGCGUCGCUCUGCUCUCAUUAUACAGUGUCUGAAAGACUCCGAGUCGAGUAAACCCAGCUUCAUGCCUCGCCUCUACAUCAACCGCCGCCUCGCCAUGGAGCACCGCGACAACCCCAAUCUCGAUCCCACCUGUAAACACGCCGUCUUUACUCAGGUGUACGAGGGUCUGAAACCAUCGGAUAAAUACGAGAAAACUCUGGAUUACAGAUGGCCUGCGCGUCAUGAUCAGUGGUGGGAAUGUAAAUUCAUCGCAGAGGGCAUCAUCGAUCAGGGUGGUGGUUUUCGGGACAGUCUAGCCGACAUGUCUGAGGAGCUGUGUCCCAGUUCAGCUGACUGUUUAAUCCCCUUACCUUUCUUCACCAGAACCUCCAACCAGGGAGCAGGUGAAGCCAGAGAUUUUUACGUGCCGAACCCAUCGUGUAGAGAUUUGCAGAAGUUUGAGUGGAUUGGUCAGCUUAUGGGCGCUGCUCUGCGGGGGAAAGACUUCCUGGUGCUGGCUCUGCCUGGUCUGGUGUGGAAGCAGCUAAUUGGAGAAACCAUCAGCUGGAGUGAAGAUUUCCCUGCAGUCGACUCCGUACUGGUAAAGCUGUUAGAUGCCAUGGAGCACAUGGACAAGGCCACGUUUGAGUUUAAGUUUGGUCAGGAGCUGGUGUACAGCACGCCGCUGAGUGAUGGACGCCUGGUGGAGCUGAUCCCUGGAGGAAGUUUAGUAGUCGUUCACUAUGAGGAGCGCAUGGAGUUCAUCCGCCUGGUGCAGAAAGCUCGCCUGGAGGAGAGUCGCGAACAGAUAGCUGCCAUGCAGGCAGGUCUGAUGAAGGUGGUUCCUCAGGCAGUAUUGGAUCUUUUGACAUGGCAGGAAGUGGAAAAGAAAGUGUGUGGAGAUCCAGAAAUCACUGUGGAAGCUCUCAAACGCCUGACUCGUUAUGAAGAUUUGGAACAGAAUGAUGUCAGAGUUCAGCACCUGUGGGAGGCCCUGACCAACUUCACCAACGAGGACCGCAGCAGAUUCCUGAGGUUUGUGACGGGCCGAAGUCGUCUUCCUGCACCCAUCUACAUCUUCCCUGAUAAACAAGGGUCUGAAACCACAGACGCUCUGCCUCAGUCCUCGACUUGUUCCAGUACACUCUAUUUACCAAAAUACCCAAGUGCUAAGGUGUGUGAGGAGAAACUCCGCUACGCUGCAUAUAACUGUGUGGCUAUCGACACAGACAUGAGUCCGUGGGAAGAGUAACAGAUACGUGCCAUAAUUCUGGAACAGUAACUGUAACACAAGUCUGCACAAUCGCACCUCUCCUCCCCCACUCCAUUUAUAUAUAAACAUCUGUACAAUAUAAAAUACAUUAAACUUUAAUCUCACAA